UCGUGUUAAUGAUAUAACGCGCGCCCAAAAGUUGUAAUUCAAAAGUUAGUGCUUGCAUCACGCGACUAGACACUAAAUAGGCAAAUAAGUAUUCUCCCUGCCCACUGGUUCAGUUUAUUUUAAAAAAAUUGUUAUUCGCAACAAGGCAUUUAACUUCUAAAAAAUGGAGACGUGUGGAAUGAGCUUCAUUAAAUACCUUUUGUUUGUUUUUAAUUUGAUUUUUGCGAUAUCAGGCCUGGGAAUUAUCAUAGCAGGUGGCUUAGUCCUAAGCGACGUUUCGGACUUCACCCAUUUCACUACCAGCGAUUUAUUAGGACCUCCAAUCGUAUUAAUUGUGGCUGGAUCUAUAGUAUUCAUCAUUGCCUUUCUGGGAUGUUUCGGCGCUAUCAGAGAGUCAUAUAAGAUGCUACUAACAUUUGCUGGACUCAUGGUGGUGAUUUUCAUUUUGGAAUUGGCUGUUGGAAUUGCAGCUGCGGUAUAUAAAGGCGAUUUUGAAGGGGGCUUGAAGAAAACUUUACGCGCAUCAAUGAGUAAUUAUACCGAAAAUAACGUGGAACAGGUUGCCUGGGAUAAAUUACAAAAGAAGUUUAAAUGUUGUGGCAUUGACAAGCCCACCGAUUGGUCCCUACCGUCGUCAGCCCCCUGGCCUAAAUCUUGUUGUUACGAACUGUCUGCUGAUGAUCAAUCUAGAAAACCAGAAAAUGAAACUCCCAAAGAAGAUUCCUAUUGUCAGACUCAAUCAUAUGGAGCCUACGUCUACUCAACUGGUUGCUUCCAAAAAGUAAAAGACAAAAUUGAGAUUAAUGCUAAGGUUUUGAUUGGUGUUGGAAUUGGAAUAGCUUUCAUUCAGGUCGUCGGAAUAUUUUUGGCUUGCUGGCUCGCUUACACCAUUAGGCAAGAAACUGAACCGCAGAAAUGAGAAGAAAGAAGCGUCAAGUUUGGAGUAGCUACUAAAAAUAUUUAUGUUUAUUGAUAUUCAAGCUUUAUAAAUUAAUAUUGUUAUUUAAUAAUCUGUGUUUGGUGUGAUAACUCUAGUAUCAAAUAAUCUUUUCAUAGUAGAUAUACUUAGAAAUAUUAGUCCAUAUUAUGAAUUCUCUUAGGAUCAUAAGAAAUAAAAUCGAUGUUUGAUUUUUUAUAA